CCCUGCGCUGGGGUUGGGGUGGAAGGAGGCGUGAGCACAGAGCAGGGAUGGGAAGGCUGGUCUUCAGAAUAAGGGGGUGCUGCUCCCCCCCCCCAGGCCGAGUAAGCUGACCGGAGGCCACACCUGUGGCUCUGAGAAGGGGGACUUGUGGCUCUAACGGGGGAGUCCAGAGGAGGGACGGAGAGAAGAGGACACACUGCAUCCAGGGGUUGUUCCUGGACCCUGUGCUCCAGACCUCCACACCUCUGCCCCUGGACUCAGCUCCCCACAAAUUGGGGGUGGGGGGGAGUGCUGGACUCCCAGGCUCCCCUGACAGUUGUCCUGGUUCUCAAGAAGCCUCUUGGGGCAUCAGGCCUGGACACCAGGGUCAGGGGCUGACUGGAGCCUUAUUGAAUUCACUGGAAGCUGACAGCCCCGACAUUGACUGCACUGGCUGCAGCAAGCCAAGGUCAGGUUUGAGCUCAGGAGCCAGGCCAGGAAACCUGGGCAAGGGGGAUGCGCUGGGCCGGCGGCAGGAGCAAGCGGGGUGACCAGCGUUGGUGGCCAAAUCAUGGAGGCCCUGGAGAAGCCCGGAGUCCCCGCGGCUAAGGCGUCCUGCCUGACUCCGCGGGUUCUGUGCUGCGCCUUCGGCCUGUGCGUGCUGGUGGCGGGCGUGAACCUGACUCUGGCGGGCACCUUCUGGCCUUUCCUGCCCGGGCUCAGUGCGUCGCUCGUCGUGGGGCCAUCGAUGGUGAUGGUGUCCCUGGGCUUCCUCACCGGCUGGUGCCUGUGUAACCAAAACUCUGCGGCCCGACGCAGGGCAGCGGCUGAAGCGGACCAGGGCGGCAGCUCAGGGCCAGUGGCGCUGGAGCUGGAGAGCCCCGAACGCACAGCCACAGCGCAGGACACCAUGGCCCUGCAGCUCAGCCCCGCCUCCAGCCCCAGCCCCUUCAUCCUGGACGUCCCAGCGCCUGCUCAGGGCUUUGCUCCAAGCGCCCCAGGGCCCCCACUCCAUCUGCCCCAGGAACAGAGAACCCCCUAGACUCAGCAAUCCCAGCUGCCACUACUCCGGACACUCCCACUACCUGGAGUCUGGGGGACAAAGGUGGUGGAGGAGAAAAGAAGGACUAGUAGUAGGACCCCUCCUAGGUUGCCUCUGGGGAAUAUUGGUAGGUGGGUGAGGUGACAGUACAGAAGUUCACCCUACCUUUACUUCAAACCUGAUGAAAUUGGGCCCUGAAGUUGCAGCCCAAGCGCCUCACCUUUAUGGGGCUCUGAAAACCCUCAGUCUUAAGUCCAGCGAGGCUGCACUCCCAGAAUGGGAGGAAAGGCAGGGUGAAAAAAAAAGGCACUACAAAUCCCAGGAAAGAUCAUCAGUUCACCAGUUCUUCUUCUGUCCUCCACACCGCCCCCAACCCCUUCUACAUCCCAUGGUGACCUUUAGAAAGUGUGAACAGUGGAACUGAAGUGGGACCCCUGGAGGGGUGAGUGCUGGCAAGGGGGCUUCUCCAGCCCUGAUGUCUCUCUGCUGUGACCCUCUUCGUAUACCCCGUUGUGCUCUUCAAUAAAGU